GGAGAGCUUGAGAGGCAACUGCUCCAAGCCAAUCCUAUCCUUGAAGCUUUUGGCAAUGCAAAAACUGUGAAAAAUGACAACUCUUCCAGAUUUGGUAAAUUUAUUCGAAUUAACUUUGAUGUGAAUGGGUACAUUGUCGGAGCCAAUAUAGAAACUUAUCUGUUGGAAAAAUCUCGUGCCAUACGCCAAGCCAAAGAUGAACGCACCUUCCAUAUUUUUUACUACCUACUUUCUGGUGCUGGAGAACACUUGAAGACUGAUCUGUUGCUAGAGGGUUACAACAAAUACAGAUUUCUCUCUAAUGGCCACAUCACCAUUCCUGGACAACAAGACAAGGAUUUGUUUCAGGAAACGAUGGAGGCAUUCCGAAUCAUGGGAAUUUCGGAUGAUGAACUAAUUGCCAUGCUGAAGGUUGUUUCUGCAGUACUUCAAUUUGGCAACAUAGUUUUCAAGAAGGAACGCAACACAGACCAAGCCUCCAUGCCUGAUAAUACAGCUGCCCAGAAAGUCUGCCAUCUGCUGGGAAUCAAUGUUACUGACUUCAGCAGGGCGAUUCUCACUCCCCGCAUUAAAGUUGGAAGGGAUUAUGUUCAGAAAGCUCAGACCAAAGAACAAGCUGACUUUGCUGUUGAGGCUUUGGCCAAAGCUACUUAUGAGCGCCUGUUCCGCUGGCUGGUUAUGCGCAUCAACAAAGCUCUGGAUAGGACCAAGAGGCAGGGUGCUUCGUUUGUGGGCAUUCUGGAUAUUGCUGGCUUUGAGAUCUUUGAGGUAUCUUGGAAUAGCUUGGGUUGUUCACUUGGAGAUUUUUAA